UGAGAUCUCAAAAUGCCGGAACCAGCGAAGUCCGCGCCCGCCCCGAAGAAGGGCUCCAAGAAGGCGGUGACCAAGGCGCAGAAGAAGGACGGCAAGAAGCGCAAGCGCAGCCGCAAGGAGAGCUACUCGGUGUACGUGUACAAGGUGCUCAAGCAGGUGCACCCCGACACCGGCAUCUCGUCCAAGGCCAUGGGCAUCAUGAACUCGUUCGUCAACGACAUCUUCGAGCGCAUCGCGGGCGAGGCGUCGCGCCUGGCGCAUUACAACAAGCGCUCGACCAUCACGUCCCGCGAGAUCCAGACGGCCGUGCGCCUGUGA